CGGCCGGUUCCCAAGGGCCCAUUGUUUCAAAAGCUAUCGGAGCAAAGAUAUACCUGCUGAACAAGUACGCAUACAGGCAGCUGUAAAUCUACGGACGCUUUAUCACACCAUUAAAAAUGCGCUCUCUUCCAUGAUCCAACUGCUAACGAAGACAGCAUACCUAGGAUAUGGCGCGUCCGCUGCUGAGCGUGCAGUCGGUGAUCCGCUCGCGCUGGUCCAUCCUAAUGUGCAGCUGUGUCAUCUACUUUGCGCAGGACUUCUUCCACGACGUUCCCUCGGUGAUUGUGCGCCGGCUGACCGGUAGUUCGCCAGCCUGCCGUAACCACACCGACCACUGCCUGCAUUUAAGCGACAGCAUGUACAACUCCCUGUAUACAGCUCAUACCUGGGCCUCCGCCGUGUCGGCCUUCAUCACUGCUAUCCUUAUGGGACGCUACGGAGGGGGUGUUAUCCUGUGGGCCUCCAACGUUCUCAUGAUGGCCGGAUCGGCCAUGUUCCUCGUUGGGAGCUACGGAUUAACCUCUACUGCUUAUCCUCUCUUACUGUUUGGUCGAGCGAUUUUUGGUCUGGGUCAAGGCGCCUCUAUUACAUCCGCCGGCAACUUGGUGUCGGCAUGGUUCGUCUACCACGAGCUGGGCUUGUCAUCGGCGAUUACCACGCUAGCGUCUCGACUAGGCAGUGCCACAAAUUACCUUUUAGUUGGUGGCGUGCUGGACAGCAUCGGUAUGAGCGGCUGCUUGUGGAUCGCGUUAAUAUUAACGGUGUUCAGUUGGGUGGCGUCUAUUAUCAUGGGCCGCAUCGACGACCAGUACAAUCUGGAUAAGCAGACGGAAACCAAACAGCAUUUACGGCGCAUGUGGAAGAUUUUGCGUAGUUUUGGCGGACUGUACUGGUCGUUCUUGGUGGUGUAUUUCCUGCUGCAUGGGAUUGUUGGUGCCUUCACUGCCAAUUCCUCCAAAAUGUUCUACGUGCAAAAGCAUUUGAGCGAAACGGAAGCCAGCUACGCCGUCAGCCUGGUGCACAUCCUGGGCAUCCUCGUUUUACCGGUGGGCUACCUGGACGACCGUUUCGGGCAGCGGCAGCGCUGGAUCACUGCCGGCACCUUCCUGGCCUUCUUCGCCUUCCUCAUCUACACCGUGUUCGGCGGUAUCUCCGCUGCCUUUUUAACGUCCACCCUGGGCAUCGCCUACGCCCUCUUCGACCCCACCGCCUCCUCGGCCGGGACCCUCCUGUCCCCGCAGGACACCGGCGGCAUCGCCAACGGCGUCAGCAAGUUCUUCCGCUACAUCUGCGUCGGUCUGCUGACCACCGGCGCCGGUCUGCUGGUGGACCGCGGCGACUCCAUGUCGGAGUGGGUGUGGGCCAAGUUUCUCAUCCUCCUCAGUGGGUUGUCGGCCGUGGCGGUGGUGGCCAGUGUCUGCAUGCUGGUAUUUCAUGUGAACCAUCCGAAGCGGCCGUUAGCGCCUAGUCGGAGGGAGUUGCGGUUGCAGCGGCAGAUGGAGAUGGCGGGUGCGGCUCCCGAGGAAGAGGAGAAGCCGGUGCUAAGUUAUGGACCGACGGAAGCCGAGUCUCUCUUGGGCACUGACAAUGACGAGUAAUUUUGAAUACAAUACUUUUUUGUACGCAUUAGUUAGUCUCAUUAUGUUUUACUUUUUCUGGAAUUUUCUGCUGUUUUUGAAAAUUACUAGAAUUUUUUUGUUAACAGCGGGUCGUCGAUAAGGCAACGGCUGAGAGUUUAUUAAUAAUAUUAUAUUAAGCAAA